AUGGCGGAUGAAAAAGGAUACGUCAAGCGGGAGCUUCUCGAUUUGACUGGGGUCCCUAUGGUCGAGUCCUAUGGAACCCUCGUUGAGCAGAAGUUCAAGUACAACACGGACUUCAAGGAAAUUCUUUGGCGAGUACUAUUCAUUCUAGUGAAGGGACCAAUGCAACUGGUCCAGCAUCGCGCCACCGACGGGCGUUGGCUGCAGCAUGCCCACAUCUUUAUCUUCAUUUGCGAAACACAUCUCCCUGCUCUUGCUGACUGGGGCUACUGGUUCGUUGCCAAUAUCGACCAAAAAUCUCGCGACAUCCAGGUAUUGAUUGGCAAUGACAACAAAUGCGGUCACGCUUCCCUAUACUACCUCUUCCGGUACGCCUACUGGUGCACUGGAUCCAAACGCAAGACACAGAUCAUGGACGACAUUCUCGAGAAGACGCAUCCCACGACAAAGAAGUCCCUCAAACGAAAGCUCAAAAAGCUCUUCAAAGAUGACGCCGAGAGAGCUCAAGUCAAGGGCCUCCAACGACCCGACAAGUUUCCUGGUCAGGAUCAGUUUGAUCUCACUGCCACCGUGAUGAUGGACUCUUUGCCGACGAGUCGGAUGCAGAUUCGGAUUAUGACGUCGACUUCCGAUUUUGAUGCCGAUGUUCCUGUGUCGCGACUUGAAUCCAUUCAUUUGGUUGUCGAGCUGCAAGAUACUAGUACGACCAAGAAAGACAACGAGAAUGCCUCUUUGAAAGUUCGUUUGUAUGAUGUCUUGGAUGAAAAGGAAGCACUCGCAGACAAGGCGGAACGACUUGAAAAGCAACUGGAGAUAGAGAAGCGUGAAAAGAAAGAAGCUGUGGCUGCACUGGAGAUGGCGAAGCGUGAAAAGGAAUUGGAGAAGCGUGAAAAGGAGAUGGAAAAGCGUGAAAAGGAAGCAUUGGAGGACAAGGUGGAAGAACUCCAGGCACAGCUGGAUGCCAAGGACGACGAAACCGCGGUCAAGCUCGAAGACUAG